GCGAGCUGGACGACAACGCGAAGUACAAGGAUGGGAUUGCCUGGGGGAACUGGAGUUUUGUUUUGGCGGCUUACUGCAUGGCGGUGGACCCGCAUACGGCAGAGCUAAUGAGGGACGCAGCUAAGGUGGGCGCUGAGGCCCACGGGCACGAAUAUGACGAAGAGGCCCAGCGGGUGAACACCAACCUUUAUUACAUCCUGGUGCUGACAUGCGAGGACAAGGCCCAGGACAUCGUGAAGAGCGUGCAGUCGCGAUUCUCGGAGAUGCUGGACUCUAUCUUGUAUCCACAUGUGCAGGAUAACGACCCGAUCGGGGGUAGUGCGUCCCGGGGCACGCUGGUGCAGCGGUACGAGGAGCAGACGGGCGAGAAGGUCAUGGAGUCAACCGAGAAGUCCGUUCUGAGCGCGA